UUCUUCUCUAUAUUAUUAAUCAAAUACCCAAUUCACCGCUUGAAGAAUCUCUCAAAACCCACAUCUAAACAUCCCUCAAUUUGUUCUCAUUCUCUCUCCCCUGCAAUGGAACUUCAAACAGUUCCUUUGACAACCGCCAUCGCCAUAGGAGGUCCGGCCGUAGCUAUAGGUGGCAUUUCUUUGUGGUUAGUAAAAGGAUUCCUCAAUGAUCGACGUCACAAGAUACCUCCCGGUCUCCUACCUCUGCCUGAGGUACCUGGUUUGCCUUUGCUUGGGAAUUUACUGCAGCUGAAAGAGAAGAAACCUCAUAUGACUUUUACCAAAUGGGCUCAAAUUUAUGGUCCUAUCUAUUCAAUCAGAACUGGUUCUAAUACAAUGGUGGUUCUCAAUUCCAAUGAAGUUGCUAAAGAGGCUAUGGUUACAAGGUUUUCAUCCAUAUCAACUAGAAAGUUAAGCAAAGCUUUAACGAUGCUCACUUCUGAUAAAUGCAUGGUGGCAACAAGUGAUUAUGAUGAGUUCCAUAAGACUGUAAAGAGGCAUGUACUCACCAAUCUUCUAUCCCCAACUGCGCAGAAAAGAAUUCGGGGUCAUAGAGACAUGUUGGUGGAGAACAUUGUAAGACUUUUCAGUCCUCAUUCUGAGAGGAAUCCUUUAGAAGCUGUAGAAUUCCGAGAAAUAUUUGAGUCUGAGCUUUUCGGGUUGUCAAUGAAACAAAGUUUGGGCAAUGAUGUUGAAUCAAUCUAUGUGGAAGAGCUUGAGACAACUCUAUCGAGACAUGAUAUAUUUAAUGUUUUGGUGAGCGAUCCAAUGGGCGGCGCAAUUGAUGUAGAUUGGCGAGACUUCUUCCCGUAUUUGAGCUGGAUACCCAACAAAGGUUUUGAAAAAAAGAUUGAGCAAAUUUGUUUUAGGAGGAAUGUAGUAACAAAGGCCUUGAUUAGAGAACAGAGUAAACUAAUUUCUGCAGGAGAGGAAAAGACAUGUUAUCUCGGCUAUCUACUGUCGGAAGGAAAAACAUUAACAGAGACACAAAUGGCUAUGUUAAUUUGGGAGGUGAUCAUAGAAGCAUCAGAUACUACUAUGGUUGUGACAGAAUGGGCCAUGUAUGAACUAGCUAAAAACAAAGAUAAACAGAAACGCUUGUAUGAUGAAAUUGAAAGCGUUUGUGGGUCGGAGAAGAUAUCUGAGGAUAAGCUCUGUCGGCUUCCUUACUUGAAUGCUAUAUUUCAUGAAACUUUAAGAAGACACAAUCCUGUUCCAGUUAUUCCUCUACGAUAUGCUCACGAAAAUACACAAAUCGGAGGAUACUUUGUGCCUGCAGGAAGUGAGAUUGGGAUCAACCUUUAUGGAUGCAACAUGGAUGAGAAACAUUGGGUGAAACCGGAAGAGUGGAACCCGGAGAGGUUUCUUGAUGGGAAGUAUGAUCCAAUGGAUUUGCACAAAACCAUGGCAUUUGGAAGCGGAAAAAGGAUAUGUGCAGGCGCACUUCAAGCGUCACUAAUCUCUUGUGUGUCUAUUGGUAGGCUUAUACAAGAGUUUGAGUGGAGCCUAGGCGAAGGGCAAGCUGAAGAUGUAGACAUUAUUGGCCUCACUAGUCGCAAACUUCAUCCAAUGCAGGCAUUCCUUAAACCUAGGAAGUGAUCAUGAGAACGAUCUAGUUGUUUUUCAUUUAUGUUUUCGUCGUUGUGUUGAAGAAUAAAACAUUUUCUGUUUUGUUGUGAGAAUGCUUUGAAUAAGGCUUAUAUGUCUUUUUUAUUCAGGCAACUAGGUGAAUGGUGAUCAUCUUUCUGAAACAUGUAAAUUUUGUGCUGCAAUAAAAUUAGACUUU